AUCUAGUCCUGGAACAAAGCAAAGAGAGGAGAGAAACAAAGAACUCUUUAAAUUCUUCAUCUACCUUGUCAGUUUUAUAUUACUACAAUAUAAAAGAGGAAUGGAGAAUUGACAACAAUUUCUCCUUUUCCUCUUCCUUUCCCUUCCUCCAAGCUAGCAUUAAAAAAAUAAAAAGAAUUCUGUUUGGCAUUAAUUCUUCUUCAAAGUAAUAAGAGGAAAGCCAGGAAUCUUCCUCUUCAUUUUCUUGUUCUACAACUCGGGUUUUAGACUUUCUGCAUUUCUUGACCUUCUAGAUACCUUUAAUUUUUGUUUCCCCACUUUUAUUUCACACCCAAUUUUUCUUUUAUAUAAGAGGAUAUUUGAUGUUCUGUUCUCCCUACAAAAUUAAAUUGCAAAUUAUUCAGUAAUACAAUUUGGGCACAGCUUUGUUUUGUAUUAAGGGCAAUUGGGUCUACUAUUUCUUGAUUUUAUUUAAUAAAGUUGUGAUUUUUCUUUGGAAUUUGGAUAUGAACAUGGCUGAAGGGGGAGAAAGGACAAAUGUGGUAGUGAUUGGAGGUGGAAUUGGUGGUUCCCUUGUUGCUAAAACCCUUCAAAAUGAGGCUAAUGUUUCAUUAAUUGAUGAGAAAGAGUUUUUUGAGAUCACAUGGGCAAGCUUAAGGUCUAUGGUUGAACCAUCAUUCGCUAAAAGAUCAGUGAUUUCUCACUCUGAAUACCUUCCUCAUGCGAAAAUCAUUACAUCAGCUGCAGUUGACAUCACAGAAACUGAUGUAUUGACCAGCCAAGGCAGCCGAGUUCCGUAUGACUAUCUUGUUGUUGCCACUGGUCAUACACAAAGGGGUGCUUCGACGAAAACUGAGAAGAUCAGUCAAUAUCAAGCAGAGUAUGAAAAAAUAAAGGCUGCUGACUCCAUAUUAAUAGUUGGAGGAGGGCCAACAGGUGUGGAGCUGGCUGCUGAAAUUGCUGUUGAUUUUCCUGCCAAGAAGGUGACGCUGGUGCACAGGGGAUCAAGAUUGUUAGAAUUUGUUGGAGAAAGCGCCAGCAAAAAGGCACUGAAUUGGCUUACUUUAAAGAAAGUUGAAGUCAUCUUGGGGCAAUCUGUUGAUGUAAACUCUGCAUCAGAUGGUGUUUACAAAACAUCGGGUGGAGAAACUAUAGUUGCUGAUUGCCAUUUUAUUUGCAUCGGAACACCAUUUGGUUCAGCAUGGCUAAAAGAAACUAUCUUGAAGGAUAGUUUGGACAGUCGUGGAAGGCUAAUGGUUGAUUCAAAUUUGAGGAUCAAGGGUCACACCAAUAUCUUUGCUAUUGGGGACAUCACUGAUAUUCCGGAACUUAAACAAGGAUAUUUGGCUCAAGAACAUGCAAAAGUAGCUGCCAAGAGCAUCACAUUGUCAAUAAAAGGAGUAGAAGAUGAUCACAAAUUGGCUGUGUAUAAGCCAGCCACUAAGGCAUUGGCUAUAGUUUCUCUAGGGAGAAAAGAAGCAGUGGCCCAAUUUCCUUGUUUGUCAAUCGCUGGACGCGUUCCAGGCAUGAUAAAAUCUGGGGAUCUCUUUGUUGGAAAGACGCGGAAGGGACUUGGUCUACAGCCUGAUGUUUAGUUUUCUCCUAUAUCUGGAAAUAUGUGUGCUGUAAAAGUUAAACGGUUUGAUAUUUGUUUGUUUGUUAAGUUAGAUGGUUCUUCUAACUCGUUUGGUUUUGGUUUUCUAUCUUAAACAAGAGUGUUCUUUUAUUUCAAUCCUGGUGCUGCAACAUAUUUCCCUUA